GUUUAGGGGUAGCCGCGGGCGCAAAGCGUCUUUGGGAGGUGGGAGAUAUUAUUUUGUUUUGUAAAUAUUGUUUUACUGGUGAGUUACAACAGAGGACCCGAGUUUUCAACUGCAAAACAAAAUGCCAUUCAGGGGCGGAAGGAAGGAUAAAAUGGCGUUUAAACACAUAGCUCAUGGCUUGGUUCCUGCAGCCACCAUAGCUCCCAGAGCUGCUGUACCCCGCACUCCUCCCCCUCGUAGCCCAGAGCCUUCUCCAGAGAGGCCAAGGUCAGCAUUGGCAGCGGUAAUUUUAACCUCUUGCUUGACUGGUCAUACAGUUGCUAUUCCACAACCACAUUUAACAGGGCUUCGUCAGAGGUCCUAUUCGGAAAGUGAUAGCACACAUUCAGAUCAAAGGAGCUUUCUUGAACCUUAUGCCACUGUGGCUGACCUGGGGUUAAGGAAUGAAAGGCAAAAUAUUGUUAGGGGCAGGCCUCAAUUACCACUGCCUUCUGAUUCUGAUGAAGAAUAUCAUGAAGAAGAAGAAGAUGACUUAGACUUGGAACAGUUGUCAGAUAAAGCAGAUCAACCACAUUACUAUGUUCUAGAAAAAGAGGAGGAAGUGGAAAAUAAAGAGCCCAUGUAUGCUAUCCCUUACAAGGAGAAACAGGAGGAAAUCCCAGUAUCUGUGAGCAGUGAAAUUACUGACAUUUCUUCCUAUGAUUUAGCAUCAGUCACCCUGAUGCAUGAACCGAUACCUGGGCAAGUGAGAGAACAAUCUCCAGUUCAAAUACCUAAGGGACAAGUAAUUGAAAAGGAACAGACAAUUCCAGAGUUCAGCUCAGUUGCAGGUUUGAAGAACAGCAUGAGCAUUGAAAGCCCCAGAACGUCAUCUGCUGUAACUCAACAAAAGAGAAAAGAAAAAAUAGAAAUAAUUUCGGAGGAGACCAAAUCAGAUUUAACAGUUAAAGCUAACCGAGAGCUGAUGGAGAUCCGAAAGGAGCUGUUACAAGAACUAAAAGAAAGAAACCAGACAUUGGUUUCUGAAAAUCAGGUCAUUGCCUAUCAGGCUCACAGCCUGACCCAACAGCUGGAAGGAAUGAAGCUUAAAGUGGAGCGAUUGGAAAAAGAGAAUCAUAAGCGACAAGAAGCUGAGAACAGCCAACCGAGGGAAGAUGAAAAAACAGAACUACUUUCACUCAGACAACAUGCUCAGGAACUCGUAGAUGAAAAUGAUGCCUUGAAAAUGACCAUCCAUCGCUUAAAUAUAGAACUAAACCGCUACCAAACCAAGUACAGGCCUGUACAUAAUGAGGAAUUACGUAGUACUGGCCUUCCAGCAUCAGGACCACCACCACCCUGGCUCGUAGACAUGAAGUACUUGUCACCUCUUCUUUUGGCCUAUGAAGACCGAUUACGGGAAAAGGAUACUGCAAUGCAAGCACAUGAGAAGGAAAUGAAGAAUUUCAGAGCUCGAGUGGAAGAGGUGGUGAGGGAGAAUAAACUGCUUCAUCAGCAACGAGAGAGGAGUGGUGUUGUAAGCAGCAGGGAUUGGAAUCAAUUGCAGGAUCAGGCAAAGUUGGUUUUGGAGGAAAACCAAAUCUUAAUGGAGCAACUUGAGAUACAGCAAGCCAAAGGAAAAAGCAGUCAUAACAGACAUGUGCAGGAAGUGUCAAAAUUGACCAAACAACUAAUGUUGCUGGAAGCAGAGAAACAAAGUCAACAAGACGAGUUGCAUGAGACUCAACAAGAGCUGAACAACCUUUGCUCAAAGUAUGACCAACUAAAAGCAAGCCAUGAUGCCAAAGUGGGAGCUGAUGAGCAUACGACAAUGGUGAAUGACCUGAAAAGAAAACUGCAGCUGGAACAAGAGAAACAGCAUGCCGAAAUGGAGGAAUUGAUGGGAAGAAUUGCAUCUUUGCAAGCUGAGAAAAAGAGCCUACUCUUUGAAAAGACAGAAUUAAUAGCUGACAAUAAGACUUUAGAAGCAGAGCUGCAAGUAUCACAGAAGUCAAACAGGCUAGCACAGAAAAAGGUUGGUCUUCUGAAAACACAGAUGGAAGAAGCUAUGGAGAAAGAAGUAGCAGCUCACCAAUAUCUGGCAAACUUGAUUAGUCUUGCUGAAAAGGCAGCCCAUGAACGUGACCAGCUUGUAUAUGUGACUAAAAGCCUAGCGAAUGAGAAACAUGGAGUUUUAAACAGGAUUGUUGCAGGCAAUGUGCGUUUGGGCAAGCUGGAGGAGCAAGUAAAGAUGUACAAAACAAAAGCUGCAGUGAAGCUAGGAGACAUCAACAACCGUUUGAAGAAACAAGAGGAGGAUUUUGCCAGAAGGACUGCUCAGUACCAGCGGGAAAUACGGCAUCUCCAGCAGCUACUGAAGGACAAGCAGGAAACCCUUGAUGGAUUGCUUGAACAGCAAAGACAAGUAGAAUCUGAACUCGAGACUGUUUGGGAAUCAACAACACGAGAAAAUCGGCAGAUAAAAAAUCUUUUAUAUGGCACUUUACAUAAAAGUAAUCUCUUGGACACUGUCAACUUUGAUCGAUCAGAUGUAGAAGAAAACCCUCGCAGGUAUUUAGGUAGUCAGUCGGAUUUCAGAGCAUUCAGCUACUGUGAUGUAAUGCUCUCCUCUGCUAGAAGGAUAGAUGAUAGAAGGACACAUGAAAAUCACCUGCGGCCAAACAUUAAUAAGCAUUUGCCUCAUCAUGUGGUUGAAAGUGGAGAUUGUGCAAUCAUUCAACAAAAAAAGCAAAAGCCCAGAGAAAAAAGUGUCAAGAGCCCAAUGUUUGAGUCUGACUCUGAUCAACAACAAAUUGCCUCCUCUGAUGAAAGUGACAAAAAUGAGCAUGAUUUUUACUCUUAAUAUGAUCACUAUUGACGUUUUCAAAUUUAUUAUUCCUGCAAAUGUUGUUCUAAUCUCCAUUGGCCAAUAUCAAAAAAAAUCAACCUUAAAGAAUGGCAUGGCAAGAUUUCAUGUUUCUAAACUUAUACUGUAAUGAAUUACUAAAACAAACUAUUGAUUAAACCCUAUUUUCUUUUUGAAGGCAAUUUAUAAAUUAAACUACAUAAAAAAAAUCCCCCUUCUUAUUCUUAGGCCAACCAAAAAAAGAUGCUUCACAGGUAUAUUUACACUGUGCUUUAAUGUAGACAGUCGUUUUUCCCUGAAUCAACCCAAAGUGAUUCUUAGCUCCUGAGGGCUUUCUCUUAUUCUUUUCUUUUCUCGGCCUGAUAACUUGUAAUCUUAGAACUGUCUUUCACAGUGAGGUUUUCUUCUCUGAGACUCUCCCUCCAGCCCAAGCUAGAUGACUCUUCCAACCUUGUUUUAACUCCCCACAAAUUUGGUCUUUUCAAUCCGAGCACCAGCUUCCAACCACAUUCCUGCAUGGUGAAUCAUAGAAACCUGUUGGUUUCUAGCUGUUCCCUCCCGGAUCCAAACAGACUGAAAUCACUGAUUGUGAUAUUCUAGGAAGACUUGUAACCUGAUCUUUUCAGUGGCUUUUGCUGCAUCUUUCCUCACGGCAACUUGAAUCACGUGGGCCUUGUAAUCUAGAUAGAAAUGCUAAUUAUCUAUCCUUGAGAGGUUAACUUUCUUUCAUCUUGUAAGUAAAUGGAUAGUUUAAAGCACAACUGUUUACAACCUGGACAUUCUGAAUAUUCUUCUAAAUCUUUGGAAAUCCACAGUCUCCACUGUUAACACACAAGCUGCUGCCAUUGUCUCCAAGCUUAUAUACCUUGCAACUUCUUCCCAGUAAAACAAUCUAAGCCUUCCUUCGAUCUCUAACAAUCAGACCACUCUGAUUGGUCGGGCAGACUUCAGAACAGAUUACAUAAUCCUGUUCAAUUUACAUUAAAUUUAAAGGCAAAAUUCCAAAAGAAAGCAAUCUUAUGAACCUCACAAUUGUAACAAUGUAUGUUUUUUCCCCUCAUAUGCUUGUUGAAAAGAAAUGUUUUACCUGUACUAACAAUGAUUAUCUAGUUUCUUCAUAUUAAGCUUUUAAAAAAAAAAGUCAUUUAAAAAUACUUGCUUUCACUGCUUUAUUUAUAUUAUAAUGGUAUUUAUCCCUGAAUACAUCUUGCCACCUCUAAUUAAAGUUAUCCAGACUUUCAGCAGGUUUAUUGGAUGUUUGCAGCCAUUCAAAGACUUAGUUUUCCACUGGACAGUGGGCAAAUGAAUAUGAUGGGAAUUGUCAGUGAAUUGCAAAGUAUAUCUUGAAUGUGCCUCCUAAAUGAAGUAAAAUCAAUAAAUUAGAUGCAACAAUGUUUAUUAGUAAUGAUUCAUAUCCUUCAACACCAACCAAGGAUACAUCUAUGCAUUUGCUCAAAUUCAUAAUCAAUAAUGAGUUUGUUAAAUUUUAAGAAGACUUAGAUAAAUUGUUUUUCAUUGACAUUGAAUUUGCUGAAACAUGAUGUGAAUAUUUCACUUAGAUGGGCAAUCAAAUUUCUGGCAUAUCAAUAGUGGAUGAAUGUAACAGUAAGAAAAGCAUCUAUUUCAAGUGCUUGGCAAGUAUUAAAAGUAUCAAGCAUAUUUUGUGGUAAAAUAACCCUUUAGUUUACAAUAACAUUUGCAAAUCAAUGCAUUAUGUUCCAAUGUUAACUAACUUUUGCAUUAUUUCUGUUAUGUCUUCUUUCAAUACCUGUGUGAGGGAAUUUUGUAACAAUUGUAUGCAUUUCUAGUUCAUCUUAGAUAUAUCAUCAAAAUAAACACAUUCUAUUCAAAA